AACGAAAACCAUUCUGGUUUGUGUUUAUGAAUUAUGUUGUUUAUUGAGGCCCCAUUCCACCUACCAUCCACCAUUAUAUUACUUCAAAUGGUAUCAAGUAGCUUCAUCUUUCUUCCUCCAUGUCUCCCACAAUUCCUUCCUUUUCAUUCUCAAUGACUCCACCAUCUUUACUUCAUCUUGCUUUUGCCUUUGCCUUUGCCGUCCACUCUGUUUUUGGACGCUACACCUCCAUCUUCAACUUCGGCGAUUCCCUUUCCGACACCGGAAAUCUCUAUUACACCUGUUCCUCUCCUAAUCCUGUCCAUGUUUGCUUCCUUCCUUACGGGGAGACCUUCUUCCAUCGCCCCACCGGCCGAUUCUCCGACGGCCGUGUCAUCCUCGACUUCAUUGCUACAUCGUUGGGGCUUCCACUGGUACGCCCAUACCGGAGUGUGGGGCUGGGAGAAGAGGGGAUUAGCGCUGAGGAAUUUAGGAAGGGCUUGAAUUUCGCUGUUGGGGGAGCAACUGCGCUGAAUCUGUCGUAUUUUGAAGAAAGGGGAGUCCAUAAUGUGCCAUCUCACGCCGUCUCCCUCGAGAUUCAACUGGAUUGGUUCAAGAAAACAUAUUCUUCCGUUUGCGCAUCUUCUGCUUCCUCGGGGUGCAAGGAUAUGUUUAAAAAAUCCCUAUUUAUUAUGGGUGAAAUAGGAGGGAAUGAUUACAAUGACUUUUUGUUUGAUAAACGCAACAUUGAAGAAGUGGCCUCUUUAGUACCAUUGGUGAUCAAACAAAUUGGGUCCGCAAUCAGGGAGUUGAUUGAGUUAGGUGUAGACACUAUAAUGGUUCCGGGAAAUUUUCCUAUUGGGUGUGUUCCAAUGUAUCUCAAAUUGUUUAAGACAUCAAAUGGAGAACACUACGACUCAAAAAAUGGUUGUUUGAAAUGGUUGAACCAAUUUUCAGAGUACCAUAAUGAACAACUCCAACAAGAACUCGAGCGGAUUGGAGCUCUCCAUCCGCACGUCCAUCUCAUCUAUGCAGAUUAUUUCAAUGCUGCUAUGCGCCUGUUCAAUGCUCCAAAGAAUUUCGGAUUCGUGGAUAUUGAACAAGUUUGUUGUGUGGAUGGGAAUAGAACAAUUAAUUUUCCUGUGCCAUGUGGAUUGCCCUCCACCAUUGUGUGUGAUGAUCCUUCCAAACACUUUAGUUGGGAUGGACUUCACUUGACUGAAGCCACAUAUGAAUUGAUAGCAAUUAGCGUGUUGGAAGACAUAUUCACCGCUCCUCAAUUUAGUAUUUUUCAAUAAAAAAAAGCUCAACCAAGUUACUUCAAUCCCAAUAAAUUUUAUUUUAUUUUAUUUUUUUAUGUUAUAUGAAUCUCCGUGUUUGU